AUGGUUUCCAAACCUCAGCCCAGAGUGCUUACUCGAUCUCCUCCCUCUUCUCCACAGGCUGAACAUAGAAACGGUCCCCGGGAUCCAUACCCUAUUCCUAGUAGCAACCCCGCUAGUCAAUACACUUUGCUCGAGAAACUCGGUACAGGGAGUUUUGGAAUUGUUUACAAGGCCAUGCAUAAUGAAACAAAGCAGAUUGUAGCCAUAAAGCAGAUUGAUCUAGAAGAUACUGACGACGACAUAUCGGAAAUACAACAGGAAAUUGCCAGUCUUGCUCAAUGUGAUUCUGAAUAUGUUACACGGUAUUACGGCUCCUUCGUCGUUGCAUACAAACUAUGGAUUGUUAUGGAAUACCUCGCUGGCGGCUCAUGCCUAGAUCUACUGAAACCCGGCCCUUUCUCCGAAGCUCACAUUGCGGUCAUUUGUCGGGAAUUAUUACUUGGACUUGAUUACCUGCAUACCGAAGGCACUAUUCAUCGAGAUAUCAAAGCUGCCAAUGUCCUUCUAUCCUCCUCUGGCAAAGUCAAGUUAGCCGACUUCGGUGUUGCAGCGCAGCUAACCAACACACUUCGACAUACCUUUGUGGGAACACCCUUCUGGAUGGCUCCAGAAGUGAUUCGGCAAGCAGGAUACGAUGCGAAGGCCGAUAUGUGGAGCUUGGGUAUCACUGCGAUAGAGAUGGCGCUAGGUGAACCACCGCUGGCGGAGUAUCACCCAAUGCGAGUGCUUUUUCUUAUUCCGAAAGCUAAACCUCCGGUCCUUGAGGGUCCUUUCUCUGCUGCGUUUAAAGACUUUGUCAGUCUCUGUUUAACAAAGGAUACAAAUGCACGCCCGACAGCAAAUGAGCUACUACAACACCGCUUCAUCCGCGGGGCGCGGAAAACAUCUUAUCUAACAGAGCUCAUUGAACGAUAUCAAGACUAUCGGGCACGCUCUCCGCAGAAAGGUGGUACCCAAACGUAUCAAGCUACCAUCAGAAACAGCAUGGGCUGGGACGCAAACAGCAGCAUACGGAGCGACUGGAAUUUUGACACCAUCAAAACGUCGUCCAUCAUGGGGACUUACCGAAAUAUGGCUAAGGACCUCAGUUCCAUGUCAGAAGCUUACGAGGACGAAUUCAUCGACUCAGGUUUGCCUAGCACGAUAGACACAGCAGCAGCCACGAAAGGCAGUGAUCCAAUUGCCAAUGGAAGGAUCGGUUCUAAUUUCGAUGCGGCGCAUUCGACAGUGGUUAUCAAGUCACCGGUAAUUGAGAAGGAUAUGGAAACUUUGCUCGAAGCCACAGAAUCACCAGUCUCGUCUGAACCCCUAUCCGACAGUGUGACUCCUCCACCUGCGUAUAGCGGGUCAAUAAGGAGUAACAGAAGGUCAUCGUAUGCUGAGCGUCAUUCUAUCGACGGGGCCGGAACUGUCAUGCGUGAAGCGGACCUUGGCACUGGCGUAGAUACAAUUCGGCCGGUAAAGAAGGUUGACACAGUGGGCUCUCUCAAAAUUUCUGCGGAGCAUGUGGGUAGCCUACGCAAAAAUAGUGGAAGCAGCAGUGGUCCUAGCUCUCCGACUCUUCAUAGACGGGCGGCCAGUGAGAUAGGAAGGGCAGGGACAUCGAUCGUUGAUGAGGUGGUUCUUCCUGUACUAUCACAGGCUAUCCGGGAUGAUAUGGACGCUCGCGAGAUCGAGUCCUUGAGCAUGUUAUCACGGGGCUUCAACGAGCUCAAGGAAGCAAACCCUGAGCUUGCUUAUAAUGUUGUCCUGGACAUCCUAUCAGGUUUGAACGAAAGCAACAGCCUACGACAACACAUACAGACCCACCGCAGCUUAUUCCCCCAUAAACGGAUUACGCGGAAAAGUGAAAUGACAGCGAAGGGAUUGGUUGUAACGGAAGUCGAGGAAGUUGAUGUGACAUCAACAUCAACACCUCCAACAGAUAGCCCUGCUCCAGCACGCAGAUCCCCUAUCGCGGAACUGUUAUAUAUGCGGUGGUUGGAAGGUCUUAAAUUGAAAUGGCCUAGUCUGACGUAG